AAAAUAUUUCCUGAACAAGCUGUAGCUCACUUCCCACGUUCCCACUCCAAAUGUUUAACGUUAAAGUCAGCAGUGUUUCAAUGCUUGCAGCAGUAGAGCGUUUUAUUUUAGGCUAGCUGUGAUCAGGCGGGUGAGAUGUGCCAUUUUGGUGUGUUGUGGCCGGGGGCGGGGAAACGCUGGUCUUCAGCGGUCCUCGCCCUUGCCGAGUGCUGAAGGCGCCGCGCACCGAGGGGCCGGUUCAAAACCCAACCGACUCGUUCCAGGGCCUAAACCCGCGUUCGAGUCGCGCGGGGUUGUCAUGGAGAAAGAUGGCGAGCUCGAGAGGAAAGCUGUGGAAGAACUUCUUGUAGAAGCAAAACGUGGAAAAGCCAGGGCUGAAACAAUGGGACCCAUGGGCUGGAUGAAGUGUCCUCUUCCAGGAACUAACAAACGAUUUCUCAUCAACACUCUUAAGAAUACCAUGCCAUCUCGAAAGCCAAUACAUGAUCACAGACAGAGAGAGAAGGUUAAAGAUCCCAAUCUAAAUGAGAAUGAACGAAGAAAAAAGGAUAAGCCUCACAAAAACAGUUUCCAGCCCUAUAAACAUGGAUCAAAAACUAGAAUGAAAUCUAACAGGUCUCCAUCUCCGAGAGAAAAUGAUUCAAAAAGAAAUACCAAAAAAUACAAGAGUACAAAAGAUUAUUGAAAAUCGUAUACAUCAAAUGAGUGACUAAGACUAUUAGAACAGAAAAGUGCUCUCAAAUUAUUAGAAAAUAAGCACUUGUUUAAAAGAAAAAUCAGACUUUGUCCUAGAAUAGGAACAACUGGGAAAUGUCUUUAUAGGGAGCUUUUAGCAUAACAUUCAUAUAACACUUUGUGCAGAUAUUCCAUGGUCUACAUAAUUGUGUCAAUGAUAAACAAUGUCACACAAAGAACUGUUAAUAUAGUAAUUGACAAAACUAGUGUUCAGUUGCUUUUACAUUAGUAAUAGUUGGUGAUAGAAGGAGAUAAUGCAAUAAAAUAUGGAAGUAUAAAGAA